AUGCGUACUUUUGUGAUAUUGUCAAUUUUUGCUGUCUUAGUGGCAACCGUCUUUGCUGCUAGUGAAGAUCAAAUUCAAUCGGAAAUUUCAAGAAGAGUCCGAAGACAGUUGAUUGGCGGUGGAGGUGGUGGAUUAGGACAAGCUCUUGUCGCUGGAGCUCAAGCUGCUGCAAAUGUUAUUGGCGGUGGAGCAAGACCUCUUGGUGGUCUUAACAGUGGCUUUGGAGGACAAGGACUUGGCAGUGGUUUCGGUGGACAAGGACUUGGCGGUGGUUUCGGUGCACCAGGUGUUGGCACUGGUUUUGGCAGUGGUUAUGGCGCACCAGGUAUUGGUGGUCAAGGUUUCGGUGGUCCAGGUUUUGGUCAAGGAGGCUAUGGUGUGCAACCAGGAUAUGGAGGUGGUGGUUUUGGACCAGGAUAUGGCAAUGCAUAUGGCCGUUAA